AUUGCUUACUGCCUGCCUGCCUGCUGCUCGCCAUUGCUAGCCGGCCUGGUCUGAUAAUUACUGCCACUAUAUAUACGCACAAGCGGAGCGAUUGAUUUGAUUAGUUUCCUUGGAAAGCCAAGCCAGCUUUGCUUCGUAGGGAAGAAAAGAGCGGGCCAAGAGACCAAGAAGCAGGGAUGGUGUUCUGUUUCCUGGUGGACCAGCGGCGGACGGUGCGGAGCAGCAAGCCGGCGGCGGGGAUCUGCUCGCGGUGCGGUGGGUGCGCGAGCGUGGCGGACAUGGAGACGGCCACCAGGCUCUGCUACCUGCUCACUGUGCACCGGCGCACCUGGCGCGCCAUCAUCUGCACCUUCUGCGGCGCCAUGCUCAAGUCCUACCGCCACUACAGGCUCCACUGAGAAGCGUCGGCUUCCCCCGCGGCUCGCUAGGUAUAGGGAGUGAUCUGUUUCGUGGUUGGUGAUUUCGCACGCGGGUAUUAGUUUUUGUUCUUGCUGCUUAUUCUCAGCUCGCUGAUUGUAACAAUGCCGACUUGUCUGCAUGCAUGUAUAAAUGGGAGACAAGAAGUGAAUAAUCAUGUGUCCAUUCGAGCACCUGAUGAGCUACGACUCAUCUUUCUUCUGA